CUUAACUAAUUUUUUCGGUAAUUGAUUUUAACUACAUUGAUCGUGAAACAUUCAACUUUUUUUUUAUGAAAAGGUUAUUUUCUCGUAGCAAAUAUAAUUACGCGAUUGGUUCGUUAAUAACGCGGCAAUCAUUAUUUUGACCGGUAAGCAGAGCCGACGGCGUUGACCGCGGGUGCCAAAUGCGUUGUCGUUGCCCAGAAUUGAACGCUAAAACCGAAGGAUCAGACUUCAGACGAGUAGAGUACAUUCCUUCCGAGACCCGCCACGCCACUGAACAUCCGAUUUCAAUCCUUCGGAGCGCGCUAGGGUUUGCGUCGAUUCAGGUGCGCUCUUCCUCUGUCCCUGUAAUUAAGAGAUUCAUCUUCUCUACCGCUUUAGCUCUCUGAUGGCAUGAUUUUGUCUCGCUGCAUCACACAGCGUUCUCAUUCUUAGAUUGAGGUCGAUCUUGAUAUACAAUAAGUCUUAAGUGAAAAUUAGUGCCUUUAUAUUUCACUCUGGAAAUUGGACUUUAGAUCGAGUAGACCAGGCAGAGAUUUCAGUUUAUUUCCGUCUCCAUAAUCUAUUUGCAUGUCGAGGUUCCGUGCUGCUGAUUCCAGUUCCUCAAAGAGACAUCAAAUUACCGGGAAACAGAGAAAUGGUCUGGAAACUGGGUAAUCGAGCUCAGAUUUCGUGUCAUGGAAAUCGUCUUUUGUUUAUCAGUUCUUUCUUUCGGUGAUUCUUUGUGUUCCUAGUUCGAAAGAACAAGAAAUCCAAAAUGGAUCCGAACGGUACUCUAUAGUUCUUUCUACAGUACUGUCAGAUCCUAUCAAAUGGGUUUCAUAAGUUAUUAUUUUGUUUAAUGUUUGAGUCAAAUUUCGCUCAUAGAGAUGGAAAGUCAGGUUAGUUCAAUUGGGGUAAAGAGAUUUAAUCAUGUAUGGGAACUUCUCUGCAGAACUACAUUAAGUACCUCAUGUUGGGUUGUGAUCUUCUAUUGAGGCUCAUGCAUAUUAGACAAAUGAGUUAUUGCUGGUUUUGGUUACUUAGCGCUCUCUUUCUUUAGCUACGCAAAUUCUCCUGCAACUUAACUACUCCAGCUCGAUACAAUUCCAGUGACUAAAGUUGAAACCUGCAAGCUAUCGCUCACUACUUAGAUGUUCAAGUUCCAUCCUUUUUGCCUUAAUUUGUCACUAAAUUACUUCCAUUAGAUGGUAUUCCCUGGGGCCAAGUGCAACUCCAAUGUUGGCCGUCUUCUCAACUCGUUUUUUUUUGUUUUUGUUUCCAGUAACAGCUCUUUGCGGUACAAUUCAUACAAGUUGUUCAGUUUAAUUUGCUCGAAGGCAAAGGGGGGAUGGCCAGAAGCAGCAGCAGGCAGGGAAGGCCAAUAGGGGCCCGAAGAAGGGAUGAAUCGAUGUUGACUCGUAUGGUGAAUUCAGUGUUUUCCUUCCUGAAGUAUGCUGAAUUUGAGAUCCUUUUCGUUCUUUUCUUUGUCGUCGCUUUUGUUGUGUUCAAAGAUCUUACCUCAAGGCCUGAGUACAACCAAAUCCUGGUGAAGAAGCCUGACAGUGGCGACUGGUGGCCUUAUUAGAGAACUGCCUUAUAUACAACCAGGUUCUUGUAGAAAAAUUCCUCUAGCUACUUUGGAGCUUCUUUUAAGUUUGAUGAGCAUACAGGUCAGGUUUGCAUCAUGAUCUUGUUUCCUGUACCUGUGAUUGUGAACGAUGCUAACGGAGGACAUGUACUUUUAUCCAUAAAAUGGUCUGUUUUGUUAAUUAUAUGAAUAUUAUCAUAUAGUUUCUAUUGAAGCAAUGGUUGCCUUACGAAAAUACCGGAACACGGUCCUAGAUAUGGAUACUGCUCACCAUAUAUACUGUAGGAUUUCCAUGAUAAAGUAUGUGGAAACUCAGCAACUCUGGAUUAAAUUCUGGUAAGAUCUUUCCACAGUCUUGGUGUUGAAACCUUUGAAAUCUUGUUUGGCUAUCUUUGGUAGCUUGAAUGGUUCAUUUCUGGUCAUGAUUCCAUCUGCAUUAUUUUAUGCCCAAACAACAUCUGCAUAUGCAGGAUGCUAGUUUUCAGGAUGCCAUAGUCAAGAAUGAUGCUAUUUGACAAAUGCUUCCUCCUCUUUCUCUGUUUUUUUUAUUUAUUUACUUACCCGUCAAGAGAGUGAUUUUUUCUCCUCCAUUUUUCUGACUAUCACUAUGGUACGAGACCCUUUCUGUUAAUUCCGAAGCUAAAGCUAUGUUUAGAUGAUACCAUUUUAAUUGGCUGAAAGUUCUUAGGUCGCUCACUCUUCCAUAUCCUACAGAAUCAGUUGUAGUCACGUUAUUCCCGACAUUUAGAAAUCCUAAUUUGCAUUUAGAGGGUAAAAUGUUGUCCAUAUUUGGCCUUGUUGUCGGUUUUUUUGUAAAAGCAGUUUCUAGCUAGAACUUUUGAGAUUUUAAAAUAGAAAGAGAGGGUGAGGUGGAAACUCUAAAAUAUUUAAUUGUAGAAUUAAUUUUUUAAUUGACA